UUAGGAAACUAAACAACCGAUUAAAUUAAAAUUCUGUCUUAACUUAAGCCAAUCAUUUUAUUGAAUGUGUUAACUGCUAAGAGAUAAAGUGCACUGAACAACAAUGGAAGAACAGUCACAAAAAAGUUCUGAAGAUUUAAACGCAGACGUUAAAUCAACGUCGGAAACAUUAAUGCUAAAACCACCCACACCCCUCUUGAAAGUUGAAAGGGAAGGCAAUUGUUACUGCGGCAAGGAUAGAAACCUGAAUAUUAUUGAGCUACUUUGUGCCAGUUGCAGCAGAUGGUUUCAUGAAUCGUGCAUCGGCUAUCAACUCGGAAAGCUCGUACCUUUCAUGAUGAACUAUAUUUUCUUCUGCAAAAACUGUUCCCCCACAGGAUUAGAAAGUUUUAAGAAAAAUCAAGCAUUAUUCCCACAAAUGUGUGUGACAGCAAUUGGUAAUCUAACGCAAGCAAGUAUAAAAGAAGGAUGUCCUCGUACAAAAUUUAGCAAAGAAAAAGAUAUAAUACCGUUUAUUGAAGCACACUGGGAAGGAAUGACGACCACCUCCAGAAGGGUUACACAAUCCUGGCAUUCGACCGUUCUACGAUGUCUGAUGAAAGAGACGAACGUGUUGUUCACAUGUGAGGAGACGGAGGAAGGUCCUUUGUACAGUCUGCUCAACACAGAAUUGACUCAGAUAAAGCCUAACUACGAUGCAAUGAUACGGGGCGGCUCUCUCAAGGUCACUGAUAUGGGAGUGCAGCAAGUUAGCGGACUGGGUGUAGGAAAGGGCCGUGGGGCGAAGCGUAAGGUCCUGGGGGAGGGCACGCAAGGUCCUGGCAAGAAGGGCCGGGGCGGAGACAUGGCGGCUCCCAAACUGCCCGCCCACGGCUACCCCAUGGAACACCCUUACAACAAAGACGAAUACCGCUACAUACUGGCCGAACCUGAUCCACACGCUCCCUUCAGACAGGAGUUUGACGAAAGCAGUGACUGGGCAGGCAAGCCAAUCCCUGGCUGGCUUUACCGCACUCUCAGCCCCAACUCUGUAUUGCUGGCUUUACACGACCGAGCCCCUCAACUCAAGAUAUCAGAGGACCGGCUGGCUGUGACCGGGGAGAAAGGCUAUUGUAUGGUACGCGCCACUCAUUGUGUCAGUAGAGGUAUGUGGUACUGGGAGGCCAGUAUAGAGGAGAUGCCAGAGGGGGCGGCCACCAGACUCGGCUGGGCUCAGGAGUAUGCUAACCUACAAGCACCUCUCGGCUACGACAAGUUUGGCUACUCCUGGAGAUCAAGGAAAGGUACAAGGUUCCACGAGUGCCGAGGUAAACAUUACAGUCCGGGCUACGGUGAAGGAGAUGUCCUCGGCUUCCUCAUCAUCAUGCCAGACGAGACAGGCAACACGUACAUACCUCAGACCUACAAAGACAGGCCGUUAGUAAAAUUCAAGAGCCACCUGUACUACGAGGAGAAGGACAGAGUAAACGAGUCAUUGAAGAACCUACGUCCCCUAAAAGGCAGUAAACUGAUCUUCUUUAAGAAUGGAGAGUGUAUGGGAGAGGCGUUCUUGGACAUUUUUGCAGGCGCUUACUUCCCUGCCCUCUCUAUACACAAGAGCGCAACCGUCAGCGUUAACUUCGGACCAACCUUCAAGUGUCCUCCCAUCACUGACUACGACUACCGGGGCAUGCACGAGAAAGCGGAAGAAGCGAUUUGUGAACAGACCAUGGCAGAUCUACUCUACCUCACUGAUAAUGAAGGCAAAUUACGCUUGGAUACGUAUUGUGUAUAGUAUCAGUAGAUGAACACGCUCAUGUUAGUGCGUGUUCAUACACGAUAGUGCCUCAGCGACUCGUUCCUAUGUACAGUCAAGGCUAGACACUAGGAGAAAGCUUUACCUUGACGGUCAAAGCUUUCUCAGUGUCCUUCAUUAGAAGUUUAGUACACUUCGCUUACCUUUCGAUGAAAUUGUUGUUGGACAGGGUAACAACAAAAGCUGUGAAGGCUUAGGGGUUUAGUUAUAGGUGACAUUUUAACUUUUAAGGUUGCAGUUUACAGUUUGCAUAAUUCAAGAUCUCUCAGUAAUAAAAUUAAAUGUUUGGUAUUUUGUGACUUUAUUUUAAAACAACUUUUUUAUUUGAAAAAAUGCAAAUUCUUUUGUUUAAAAAAAGGAAAUCAUUAGUAAAUAGUUAAUAGAACCUUAUCACCUCAUUUAUGCCUUUUUGAUAACAAAUUUUUACUGUGAUUUUGAGGAGUAUAGAACCAUUUAUACAAAUCUUUCUAACUUAACACAUUCGCUGCGGGACACUCACCGGUGAGUGCUCUAGUUCCUUUCUGCCACC